GAAGGUGCAUCUGCUCGAAAAACACAGACUCCUGCAGCACAGCCUGUGCCACGACCAGUUUCUCAAGCCAGACCACCUCCAAACCAGAAAAAAGGCUCUCGAACUCCCAUAAUCAUUAUUCCAGCAGCCACGACCUCGUUAAUAACAAUGCUUAAUGCAAAGGACCUUCUGCAGGAUCUGAAGUUUGUACCAUCAGAUGAAAAGAAGAAACAAGGCUGUCAACGAGAGAAUGAGACUCUAAUACAGAGAAGGAAGGACCAGAUGCAGCCUGGGGGAACUACAGUCAGUGUUACUGUACCGUACCGAGUCGUAGACCAACCUCUGAAACUCAUGCCACAAGACUGGGACCGUGUGGUGGCUGUGUUUGUACAGGGUCCUGCUUGGCAGUUCAAGGGUUGGCCUUGGCUCCUGCCUGACGGAUCACCUGUGGAUAUCUUUGCAAAAAUUAAAGCUUUUCAUCUCAAAUAUGAUGAAGUCCGUCUGGAUCCAAAUGUACAGAAAUGGGAUGUAACUGUGUUAGAGCUAAGCUACCACAAAAGACACUUGGACAGGCCAGUAUUUCUACGCUUCUGGGAAACUUUGGACAGGUAUAUGGUAAAGCACAAAUCUCACUUGAGAUUCUGAAUCCUUCAGCUGCCAUUUCUUUCCAGAAGUAUGGAUUGAGAAAAAAGAAAGGGGCUCCAGUUUGGAGACCAGAGCUCGCACUAUAUGAUACGUCAAGAACUUUACAGAUGAAGAAGGGUCACAGUUUAAACUUUUUAUAAAAUCUUGUUUGGAUGCUUCAUGCUAUGGCAGGUUGAUACCUGUUGUUAUUCAGAAGCAAAGGGGUUUUGCUUAAAACUAUUUUUUUAAUGUUGUUAGCCUUCUAGUCUGCAAUCCAAAUUGUAUAUUUUGAUAGCAGCAGUUUCUUCUCUGUUUUGUUAAAUUAGCCACAUUUUUAAAUAAUGUGUUUUGUUCCUUAUUAGAAACUAGAUUGAUCUCCACUGCAGGUUCCAGCUGUGUGUGUGUGUGUGCGGAUGUGUGUAUAUAUAUGUGUGUGUGUGUGUCUAGAUAUAUAAUGUACAAAAAAUUUACAGACACACUUCUGCACACAUAGAUGUUACCAGGCUUUCUAAACCACUUAGCUUCUGAGCUUAGUUUUGGUUUUACUUGCUUCUUGGUUCACUUACUGAAAAUAUUUUGUUGUGAAUGAUAUUACAUUUUAGUCAAUAGGACUUGCAAACUGAGCAAAGUGAAAGUUGUUUUGGAUAAAUCAAGAUGUCAGCCUGUAUAUGUAUAUUCUGUCAGUCUUUGUUGAAAAAGGGAAGAUGAAAAAUCUAGAAAUGCUUUUUUUUUGGAUUUGUAAUGUCCCGAUUUGCUAAAUCUUUAAACUUUAUUAUAGGAGUACCUUCAAGUCAUGUUAACUUUGAAUUGCCAUUUUCCACACACAUCUCUUUAUUUAAACUGAAAGUCUGCAUGUGUACAUUCCCAUCUAGCAAAUACCUUUGCAUAUGAGUCUAAGUGUUACCUAGAUUAAACAGUGAAUAGAGGAGGAGAGAGUUUGGAUUUUUAUUUUUUUUCCCUGAAACAACCACCACAAGAAAUGAGUAACUUUAACUUCUUUGCAUUUAUACCUCUAAUACCACCUGUAAUACUAUUUUCUUGUGACAAAACUAGCCCAGACUGUAGGAGCUGUAACUUUUUGAGCUGAGUGGGUAAUAUGGCCUCCUAACAGUCCUGCAUUGGAAUGGAAAAUGAGCCUUCUCCAAUUACCAAAGAACAGAUUUGCUUCAUCUACAGUGUGAGGCCACUGAAAGACCCUGCAAGAAAGUAUUUGUACGAACUUACAGCAUCUCUGUAUCUAUUGAUUAGCAUUAGGUUGAUGUUGUUUACCAGUGAAUGUUGAGAAUGAUCAAAUUCUGUAACACCUGCAUGGUUUUUUUUUCUGGGAUAGAAAACAUAUGUUUAUAAUCCUGUUCUUGAAAUUCCAAACCAUGUUUUUUUAAUAUUCUUUA